AUGAGAUCAACUGCAACAUUUCUCCGUGCAUGGCUAUUUUUGUGCUUAUUAGCUGGACUUACACAAGCAUUUCAACAUCAUGGAAUCCAUCCAACGAGGGUUCGGAAUGUGUCGUCACGUUCCAUGGCACCAAAAUAUGAUCCGGUAACCAACCGAUGGACAGCAACCUCUCCAGACGAAGAAGCAUCUGCCGGAUACCCAGCAUGGGGAUCGUUGCUUCGUCAAGGACCAUCUCCCUUUUUCCAACGCAUCUUCAGUGCAGAUGAUUACGAGCAAGGAGUUUUGAAAAUGAUGGCUCGCGAUGAUAUGAGCCGGAAUGAAGCGCAAGGGAACAUGGAUGCCUACAUUCGAAAUCCAAACGAUUGGGCCUUGCAAAAAGUUGAGGAGCAACGGGGAGCACCAAAGGCUGACUAUUCCAAUGCCAACAUGAAUGCUGGUGACCUCAUCCUAACAGCAGGCUGGUCGAGUAUUCUACUCGCGUUUAUUUCUAGAACCGUUUAUGAUUACACUGUAGGGUGUGAUUCCUUUUGCCAGGAGUAUCACUUUUGA